AUGAAUUCACGACCAGACGAUAGCACAGGCUCCGGCGGGGACCGUCUGCAGGCAGACUCCCAAACUGGGUAUGAGCGAGGGCGUCAAGGCCAGACUUCAGCACCGCCGCUGUCACCCAAUCGGCUCGGCCUUUCGACCUACUGGGAACAGCCGUACGUCGCCGCCCCGACAAGCUCAGGAAGCCCAGAGUCCCCCAUCGACGCGUCCGCGCUUCAGUUCGCACUUCCACCCGAUAUAAACCAACCUCCCCCACCGCCAAUCCCACGAUUGAAUUCACCAUCUCUGGACUCGCUUGAUCGUCCUUCUCCGUACUACGAUGAAGGUGCAAAUAACGACUACUACGAGGAUAGAGUACCUCUCACUUCGAGAGCUCAGCCCAUCUCUGGGUCUUUAAGCGCCAAUGCAGCGGGAGAUGCUCAGCCCAGAGACAGCUUUCAGACUGUAUCCGACAUCGACAACACGACUUCAAGAAUCCGAGAUGCAAGAUCUUUGGGCUAUGAUCUGGAGCCCGGCGGCAUGGGUGCCGGACGACGCAGCUACGGAAACACGCUUAGCCCAGGAGGAGAUCAGAGAAGAUCUCGCUCACCGUCUACGGCUGGCGCGCUGUACAGAGCUGGCUCGAUAAUGCGAGCCAUGUCGCAGCGUGUUGUUAACAUCAGCGGCGAGGGCGAAAUAAUCGACCAGCGCAAUUCACGCGGUCGGUCACCCUCUCCGGUGCCGGACCGUCGGCAACAGCUGCACAAUUCUGCGCAGAUGUUCACCGAUACCUCCUAUCAUUCUCAUUUCUCGCAUGUGCCUGAAAAGACGCCAGAGGCCGCAGCCAUCUUCGCAGAGCCUGCUCCUCCCCUCCAGCCGCGUGUCCCCAUGAAGAAUCCCCUUAAAGGAAAGUCUUUAGGCAUUUUCCCUCCGGACCACCCGAUACGAACCAAAUUAUGCGACUUGUUGGUGCACCCAUUCACCGAGCCGUUCAUUCUCAUCCUCAUCAUCUGCCAAGCUGUUCUACUGGCAAUAGAAUCUGCGCCGGAUGUCUUCACCCACCCCCGCCCUGACCGAUGGGGUAUCACGUGGAUUGACUGGGCAAUGUUAGUACUGUUUGCCAUCUUCACUCUCGAGUUGAUUGCUCGCAUUCUGGUUUCCGGCUUCAUCUUGAAUGCUUCGGAAUAUAGCACAAUCGAUCGAAAACGGGGAGUAAGAGCGGCCGUCGUGGACCAGUACAGGAAUAUAUUUCAACCCCAACGACAAAAGUCUGUCAAAGCUACGCGACAGAUCAACCUCGGGCCCUCUGCUUUCCAGCGGUCAUUCACUAUCAUGCAAGGCCAGACGCUACCUCAAACCGUGGAAGAACAUCAGAGAUUUCAGCUCGCGCGACGAGCCUUUUUGCGUCAUUCUUUCAAUCGCCUAGACUUCUUAGCUGUUGUCGCAUUCUGGAUAUCCUUCGCUCUCAGUAUCACAGGCAUUGAGAGCCAAAAACACCUUUACGUGUUCCGCAUGAUCAGCUGCUUGCGGAUUCUGAGGUUACUUGCUCUUACAAACGGCACAGCUAUCAUCCUGAGAAGUUUAAAAAAGGCGGCGCCGCUGCUCGUUCGCGUGGCCUUCCUCAUAGCCUUCUUCUGGAUCUUGUUUGCCAUUAUUGGUGUGCAGAGUUUCAAAGCCAGUUUGAGUCGCCAAUGCGUCUGGCUUGACCCAACAGACCCCACGAACAAGACUAAAUCUUUCACCAAUGAUAUGCAAUUCUGCGGUGGAUUCCUCAAUAAUGUUACGGGAGACACCAUGCCCUGGGUCCUGGUAGAUAAUGAUGCCGUCUUGGACAACUUCAAGAACGGUAGCAAAGCUGGGAAAGGAUUCAUCUGCCCUAGAGGAUCGAUAUGUUUACAACAGGAAAACCCGUUCAACGGAACUGUUAGCUUCGACAACAUUUUCCAGUCUAUCGAGAUGGUUUUCGUGAUCAUCAGCUCAAACACAUUCACCGACAUCAUGUACUACACAACCAACUCGGACUAUCUUCCCGCGGCACUGUUCUUUGGGGCAGGUAUCAUGAUACUCAUGUUGUGGCUCGUAAACUUGCUCAUUGCUGUCAUCACGUCUUCCUUCCAAGUCAUUCGGGAGGAGAGCAAGGCGAGUGCUUUCACUACGGAAGAGGAGCCACUGGUUCAGGAGCCAGUUGAAGAAGCACCACAGAAGGUUUCGGCACUGCGAAAGAUCUACGAUCAAACUUCUUUCUUAUGGAUAGCGGUCAUCGCUUUCGGUCUGCUGGCUCAGUGUUUUCGAAGCUCUCGGAUGUCAGACAGUCGCGGUCGGUUCAUUGAUGCCGUCGAGGUUGUCGUCACAAUCAUACUGGAUUUCGAGAUUGCCGUACGCAUUGCCGCCGGUUGGCGCACUUUCCACAAAAGCCGACGCAACAUUAUCGACCUAGGCCUAGCUAUUAUCACGAGCAUUAUCCUCAUUCCUCCAAUCCGUAACUCGGGAGAACCUUAUGCCUGGUUGACCGUUUUUCAAAUCUUGCGGGUGUAUCGAUUGGUUCUAGCGGUGCCGAUGACGAGAAAGCUCAUCGUAAUGGUCUUGGGAAACUCCAACGGUAUUGCCAACCUGAUGCUUUUCGUCUUUCUCAUCACAUUUCUCAUGUCCAUCCUGGCGGCUCAACUAUUCAGGGGCGAGAUACCGAAGCACAGCGAUGACGGCGACCUCAACGAAGUCUCGUUUUUCACCAUUUACAAUUCGUUCCUCGGCAUGUAUCAAAUCCUGUCGAGUGAGAACUGGACAUCCAUGCUUUACAACGUCACAUCGUAUUUGAACGCUUACAAUACUGGCUGGAUUGGGGCGAUCUUUCUCAUCGGGUGGUUCAUCCUCGCGUUUCUAAUUCUCGUCAACAUGUUCAUUGCUGUCAUCCAGGAAAAUUUCGAUGUAUCUGAAGACGAGAAGCGGCUCGAGCAGGUCAAAGCUUUCUUGCAGAGGAAAGAACUUGGCAAGUCCUCAAGCAACCUGACGUUGUCAAACAUCUUCACCUUUGGCAAGGUGAAGCGGAAAAAGGAUCCCCUCGACUACGGUCCGGCAAUGAUGGAAAUGUUGCUAAAGGAUGCUGUCGUGCAUGAGUUCCUCGACGACUCCGUGGAGGGCCAGCAUGAUAGUCAUGUCGAGGAGCAGCAGUCUCCCACGCGAGCCCAAACUGUCGCUGUCGGUGACGUGAAACCUGGCGUCAUGUCAUCCGUAUGGGGCAAGAUGACGUCCAUUUUCAGCAGCAAGGAUCCGAACCCAUUCUACUCGAAUAUCCGUUUCGAUGGGCCAAAUGAUACCCUCGAUCCGCGUCAGAUGGCGCGACAAGCAGUUUCCGCCACCUCUGCCCGGAGGAAGGCGCAGCGGGAGUACCUGGCGAGGCACCCAAAUUACAACAACUCCUUGUUCAUUUUCACACCCAAAAACCCCAUUCGCCGUUUCUGUCAAAGGAUCGUUGGGCCGGGGAGAGGGAACGAGCGAUUCGAUGGUGUCGAGCCCAAUAAGAUCGCUUGGUAUGCCUCGUCUGCCUUCAUUUAUGCUUGUAUCGUUGCAAUGGUUGUGAUUGCAUGCGUUACGACGCCACUCUACCAGAAGCAGUACCAAGCAGAACAUCCUGAAUUCAGCAUCACCUUCUGGUAUGUGUGGACAGACACGGCGUUCGCUGUCGUAUUUUCUAUCGAAGCUGUUAUUAAAGUAAUCGCCGACGGCUUUUUCUUUACGCCAAAUGCGUACUACCGUAGCUCUUGGGGCUUCAUCGACGGAAUUGUACUCGUCACCUUGCUCGUUAACGUUGGCACGUUACUCGCCAACGACGGUGCCGUGUCUAGAGCGAUUGGUGCCUUCAAGGCAUUACGUGCCCUGCGCUUACUCAAUGUGAGUGACAGCGCAAGGGAUACAUUUCAUUCACUUAUCAUCGUCGGCGGUUGGAAAAUUCUCAGUGCCGCUUUCGUGUCAAUCUCCCUGUUGAUCCCCUUCGCCAUCUACGGGCUGAAUCUAUUCAACGGACAGAUGGUUUCGUGCAACGAUGGCGAUGAUUCGAUCGUUCUUUUAUCAGAUUGUUUUGGUGAAUUCAACAACACGCCAUUCAAUGACGACUGGCCGAUGCUCGCCCCUAGAGUCCCAUCCAACAGCUACUUCAGCUUCGAUGAUUUUGCGUCUUCUCUAUUUGUGCUUUUCCAGAUUGUCAGCCAAGAAGGCUGGACCGACGUUUCCUUCGCCUCACAGGCGGUGGUUGGGCGCGGAUAUCAACCACAGGAACUCAACCGACAAGGCAACGCCAUGUUCUUCGUCGUCUUUAACUUGCUUGCGACCGUCUUCGUGCUGACGCUGUUCAUCUCGGUGUUCAUGCGCAACUACACUGAGCAGACUGGUGUCGCUUUCCUGACUGCCGAGCAACGCUCUUGGCUAGAGUUGCGCAAGCUUUUGCGGCAAAUCUCACCGUCAAAGAGUUCCUACGAUGAGUCAGAGAAGACUUGGAAGAAGUGGUGUCACAAGCGCGCAAUUGAAAAGAGAGGCAAAUGGUACACAGCCGUCACGUACGUCUUGGUCUGCCAUCUUUUGCUCCUGCUCCUCGAAUACCACGGCGAACCGGCCUGGUGGACCGAUUCCAGAGAUGGUUUGUUCUUGGCAUUCACACUGGUCUACAUGGCUAAUAUUGCCAUUCGUGUCAUCGGUCUUGGCUGGGCUCGCUUCCGCAGGAGUUCGUGGGAUCUCUAUUCCCUGGUGGUCGUCACGGGGGCUUUUGUUUCCACGUCAGUCCUCAUCAUCAGCAGGAACAGUGAUACAUAUGUUCAGUUGCACAAAUUCUUCUUGGUCGCCAUCCUACUGCUUCUCAUCCCUCGAAACGACGCCCUGGACCAACUUUUCAAAACGGCCGCUGCCAGUUUGACCACCAUUGGUAAUCUACUUGCUACAUGGCUCGUUUUCUUCCUAGUAUUUGCCAUUGCUCUGACGCAGGCUUUCAGCCUGACUCGCUUUGGGGAGAAUGAAGAGAGUAACAUAAACUUCCGCAGUGUACCCAAUGCUCUCAUUCUCAUCUUCCGAAUGAGCUUCGGGGAAGGCUGGAAUCAAGUUAUGGAAGACUACGCUAACAUUGAACCGCCACUGUGCGUGGAUAAUCCCGACUUUUUCGACAGCGACUGUGGCAGUAAACCAUGGGCUCGCUUCUUGUUCGUGGCAUGGAACAUCCUCAGCAUGUACAUCUUUGUCAACCUCUUCGUAUCCCUUAUCUACGAGAGCUUCAGUUAUGUGUAUCAGAGGUCCAGCGGACUUGCUGCCGUUGAUCGCGACGAGAUUCGCCGUUUCAAAGAGGCAUGGCGGAGUGUCGAUCCUGCCGGUACCGGAUUCAUCAGCAAAGACGCUUUUCCUCGUCUCCUAGGCGAACUCUCUGGUGUAUUUGAGAUGCGCAUCUACGAUGCCGAUGACUCGGUCAGACAAAUUCUGGAGGAUGUACGCAACGACGCCGCGACCUCCGGAGCACGGCACAUGUCAAUUGCCUCAGCAAGCAACUACAGUGCAGGGGUCGAUAUUCAGCGGCUGAACAGACGUUUGGCCCAGAUCGAUAUCAACAAAGUGCGUGAACGGCGCCGUCGGUUCAAUAUAUUCUUCGAGGAGGUUAUGGUCUCGGCAGAUCCUGACAAAGGCAUUUCCUUUACGUCUGUUCUAAUGAUUCUGGCUCACUACAACAUUAUCAAUGACAGCAAGAGUUUGAAGCUGGAAGAGUUCCUUCGUCGGCGAGCCCGAUUGCAGCGUGUCGAGGAAGAAGUUCGUCGAAGAAUUGUCCUGGGAUUCUUCGACACCCUCUACUGGACGCGGAAGUUCAAGAAGCAUAUCGACCUGAGAAAAUCGGCUAGAAUGACGGCGAUUCCUCAGCUCGAUAUCCCUCACAUCCUUGUGGAUGACGACGAGCACCGGCAAAAGUCCUCUCCUGUAGCUGGAACUGGUCAAAUGAGGUCUGCACUUCUCACUGUGGAGGACCCUAACAAGUCGUCACACAAGAGUUGGACACCAGGGCCAGACGUGGCAUCCAACGACGCAGACUAUCAACACCCGCUCAGUUUUCCACGGUCUGGCGUAUCAACGCCAGGUCAUAAUUCGACGCACUCAGCUUUCAGCUUUGAGCUUCAAGAAGGUGGACAAUCAUCGGCUCAAAGUAGCCGACGUGGGAGUGCGGUCAGCCCAGUCCAAAGUCCUGUCAGCCCAGCACAGGUCAGCAACAUGCUGGACGAUUCCAUCUGGCUGGAGAGUAUUCGACGCAGCGCAACAGUCAGGAAAUCGGUCCGCAAGUCUGAGUGGAACCGGUGA